CAUGCCGACGGGGUGGGAAGGCGCGUUCAGCUCAGCUCUUCUACUACGUCAGGACAGCGCCAGGACCGGUUAACAAAAAUGGGGAAAGAACAAAGCAAACUGGAAAAGAAAGGCUAUGUGAUAUCAUCAGGAACUAAAAAUAACAUCAUUGCCACAAAAGAUGAUGAUACAUAUUUGAUAAAGAUGAUUGAUCUGACAAAGCUUCCUAGACAAUCUCUUGGUGCACUUAUGUCAGAGAUAGAAGUCCUUAAGCAAACAAACCAUCCUCAUCUUGUCGACAUCAGGAACUCUUUCAAAGAUGAAGAUGAAGAUGAAGACAUUUACUACAUAGUGAUGAAACAGUGCCAGUCUGAACGCCUUGCUGACAAGAUGAGAAAAGUUCCACCAGGGUCUCUGCAAAUAUCUGAGGUAUUAAGCUGGUUUGUUGAGAUCUCUAUGGCUCUGAAAGCUAUUCAUGAAGCACAAUUGCUUCACAAAGCUCUAACACCAGAGAACAUACUGUUCUCAGAAUUUGGACUGGUGCGUUUGGGUGGAUUUGGAAAUAUUCAUGAAAGCUUGAAAAGGCUGUCAGCCACAGAAAAAAAACCAACAAUAAAUUACCUGCCACCUGAGGUAUUUACAGAAGGCACAUAUGACAAGAAAAGUGACAUCUUGUCCCUGGGAUGCAUACUCAACGAGCUCUACGAGCUCUGCACAGAUAAGCAAGCGUUCUCUGCAGAUACAACAAUCAAGCUGAUGCCUAAUAUAAUUAGUGGUGAUAACGAACCUCUUACAAACCACUUUGAGCUUUGUGAUCUCCUGGGUGAUCUUCUGAAUAAAGAGCCUGAUGCAAGACCAACAGCCGGUGAGAUCCUGAGGCGGCCCAUCAUUAUGAGGUUUCUUAGGAAAAAGUGCCAAACAACUGUGGAGGAGCUUCAGACCAAGCUUGGAAAGUUGAGAGCCCUGGCUGAUGCUCUGGAGCGUGUUCAUGAGGGGACCACCAUUGGCAGUCUGACAGGAGGUGUGAUUGGAGCAGUGGGAGGAAUUACAUCCAUAGUGGGGCUUGUACUGGCACCUUUCACUUUAGGAGCCUCACUUAUUGUCACUGGAGUUGGUGUGGGAGUGGGUGCUGUUGGUGGGGUCACUGCAGGUGCCUCAAACAUCACAAAUAUGGUCAAUCAGUCCUCUGAUCGUAAAGCAGUCCGCAGCAUCAUCAAAGAAAUAGAGCAGAAAGUUAGUGCAGUUGUCUCCUGGCUCUUGGAGAUCAACAAUGGUCUGCAAACUAUCAGGAGUCAGUGUCCACAAACACCUGGCACUGAUAGCAAGCUUACAGAGGAAAACCUGAGGAUGGCUGGCUGUAGGGCAGGAAAAGGUCUUGGUGGCAUUGCUGAACUAAUCCGACUUGUCAGUGUGGUUAACAUUGGCAAGAUUGCCGCACAAGCAUCCAGGGCAGUGCGUGUGGCAGAAGUGGCAACAGGUGUACUGUCUGGUUUGUUUGUAGCCGUGGAUCUCUUCUUCAUUGCUAUGGAUGCAAAAGAGAUUCACCACAUUAGGGAAGCAAGGGAAGCAGAGAUGAGAAAUGAACGUCCUUCUACGUCAGAGUCUGAAACUGGGGGCACAAUGUCUUCCUCUGAUGAGGCAACGCUGUUAUCAAACUCAUUGAUGCAAGAGUCUGACGGUUCAGAGAGUGACUUUAGAUUUGGGGCCCAGGGGGCAUCUUCCCCACCAGCUGAAAUCAAAUCUGAAAUCAUGAAAUUUGUCCAAACGGUCAGGGAGGCAGCAGAUAACCUGAAACAAGUCCUUGAUGAGUUAAAAAACAUCAUCUUAUCCAUCACUUUGUUUCAUGAAGAAAACGAGCUCGAAUGGCAGAAUAUGGAAUUAAUGUAAGCAAAAUUACAGUUUUAAAAUAGUAUACUGCUUUUGAUUUUGUGUCCAAGCUUGAUCAUUCAUUAAUAAAGUGGCUGAUGCUGGUCAAGAUUCUCAGUCAUCCAAGUCAUCAUCAAUACAAAAAAGGUUAGAAAAUAAAACAACUGGACUAAUGUCAGCAGAUGUUCUCCUCAUUCAAGCUUUUCAAAAUCAACCAUCUCUAAAAAUGCUUUCUGACAAAAGUUUCUGAUAAUUUUCAAUUAUGCCUUAUACUUUUUUUUUUUUUUUUGUUACUGGUUUGUUGAAAUUCUGACAUGCUUUCAAUAAUUAUACACUUAAAUUUAUGAACUUUGUCAUUGGUAAACUCUUUUCUAAAUAGUAUUGCUGUUUAUGUUCACUUGAAACUUUGAUUAUCCCAAAACAGAGGGAAUGAUGAUUCUGAUCAAACAUUCUGCCACUGUGAAGUAUAUUAUCUGGGUAUGAGUCUAAUUAUUAACAGAUCUACAACAAUCAUUGUUAUUGCUUAACAUGGAAUAAAAAUAAAGGAAUAUGUAAAAA